GCCGGGGCUCGGAGGGGGGAGGUAGAGGCGUGCGCCGAUGCGCAGGCGCAGUGGCCGGGCGACAGAACGUGUGUUUCCAAAAUGGCGGCAGCGAUGGAUGUGGAUACCCCGACCGGCACCAACAGCGGCGCGGGCAAGAAGCGCUUUGAAGUGAAAAAGUGGAAUGCAGUAGCCCUCUGGGCCUGGGAUAUUGUGGUUGAUAACUGUGCCAUCUGCAGGAACCACAUUAUGGAUCUCUGCAUAGAAUGUCAAGCUAACCAGGCGUCUGCUACUUCUGAAGAGUGCACCGUUGCCUGGGGAGUCUGUAACCAUGCUUUUCACUUCCACUGCAUCUCUCGCUGGCUCAAAACGCGGCAGGUGUGUCCACUGGACAACAGAGAGUGGGAAUUCCAAAAGUAUGGGCACUAAGAAAAGAAUUCUUUCAUCAAGCUCAACUGUUUUUGUUAUUCAUUUAAUGACUUACCCUCCUGUUACGUAAUUGUAAAUUAGAUAGAACCGUGUCUUCUCUGCUUUUUCUUUUCAGUUUGCUAUUCCUGCAGUCAUAUUGUAUUCUCUGUCAAAUAAAAUCCAGUUGUGUUCUAGAA